UUAGUUUGUAUGGCUGAUGCGACGAAAGCUCAUCUGACGAAGGCAGAGAAAGGAGAUUCGGCGAGUAUGGAUGCCGGUGCUGAGAAGCAGAUCUCAAAGGGUUUACCUUUGGCGAGAAUCAAGGCGAUUAUGAAAUCGUCUCCCGAUGCAGCGACGAUAAGUCAAGAGGCGACGAUCACAGUAGCGAAAGCGACGGAGUCAUUCAUAGCUCUCCUCGUCCAAGAGGCCCUGACGUCUUCCGACGAAAAGAAGCUUCUCGACUACAAAGACAUUUCCGAGUUGGUUGCCACUAAGAGCCGCCUAAGAUUCCUGUCAGACAUCGUUCCUAAGAAAGUGAAGGCAAAAGACUACCUCGCAUCCCUCAAUGCUAGCGAACAACCUCAGUGGUAGAUACAGUUUCCUCAUACAAGCGCAUCCUAAUUAGCAUAUUUAAUUAAUAAAUCUAAUUAAACUAGAAUGUUAC